AUGCAGCGCCCGCUGUGGCCUGGGGGCUUCCGGGGGCUCUGGCUGCUCCUCGUCUUCCUGCUGCUGAAGAGCCGCCCAGGGAGCGGCAGCGACGUUAGUGAUCACGAUGGUCAGGGCCAAGUGGGAGUGGGGCACCUCUGGACCCUCCAAGGAUUUACCUCUCCAGUCUUCCAGCAGUUGCAAGUUGUACUCCAGCAGAUUAUGCCCCAAGGUUUGUUCUGGAAGGAUGACAUGACCCAGGAUGUGAUGACACAGAAGAUGGGGCACAUUGGCAAACUCCACUCCCAGGAUCCAUGUGUGAGGAUCGGGCAGGCAGCCUUUCCCACCAAAACCAUCGGAGUGAGGGGCAAGCAAGGGGAGAAACUUCGACUCCUGUUCCCCAAGACCCCAAUGGUCAAGGUGAACAGGGAUCAGUGCUUUACCUCCAAAGUGGUUUCGAAGGCCCUGAAACGAGAGGUGACCAACCCUGUCAAGGGCUUCUUUGAGUCGCCCCCCACUGUGGGCCACAACCUUGUCGCUGAUUGA